AUGGACGACGACAGCCCCCCAAUCGCCCGCCCUGUUCCUCGACGACCCUUCACCAUCAACCUCAUGAGCGUCACGCCUCCCUACGACGACGACCACGACGCCCCGGGAUCCAUCCUGGGCCCGGGCCAACAAGAUACCUCGUCCGCCCCCCGAUACCUCGACGCCAGCUUCACCCCCACAGAUGCCGCCUCGCUGAGCAGGCCCCAGUCCAUCAUGAACCUCACCUCGUCCACCCUCAUGGGCAUCUUCUCAGAGGCCGCCUCCAGCCGCGACCGCGCCUUUGUCGAUCGCGACGACCCCGACACCCCUUGGGGGACCGGCGCCCGCACCCCCAUCAAGCGCCCCAGCGUCGACGAUGCCACUUACGAGCUGAUGCGCAACCGCUCGCAUCUCCCCCGGCGCCACUCCUCCUACAGACCUGUCGAAACGACUCGGCCUCCCUCAAGGGCCGCCGUUGCCCUUUCGCGCGCCUUUCGCGCCUUGCUGCUCUUCCUCCUCGGCGUCGGUUACGGCGUGCUCGUCACGCGACUUCACAACGAACAGCAGUACCUCGCCGACCUGACCGAGGGCAUCAUGAAGCCCGGCGCCAGCUGGAAGUACCUCGCCUUCUGGGGGGUAGCCGGCGUUGUCCUGGGCUCACUGCUCCCGUGGGUUGACAGGCGGUGGGAAACUGCAUUCGGGAGUGAAGCUGACGAUGCUGUCGGUGACAACGGCGAGGCUACGCGCACUGGCCAGAGGCCCGGCACCGACUGGGCCCUCGUGAUGCGGGCCAUCGGCGCCUUUGUCGGCAUCAUCUUUGCCAUUCGCAAACUGGCGUGGGCCUCUACCCUGCAGCUCUCGGCCACGCUUGCCCUCGUCAACCCGCUCCUGUGGUGGCUCAUCGACCGCAGCAAGCCCGGCUUCCUGCUCUCGGCUUGCGUCGGCCUGACCGGGUCAAUGCUUCUGCUCGGUGUAAACCCGGACAUGAUGCCGGCACCGUCCAGGUCGCCGUCGGCCACGGCCGCUCACAACUUUUCCUCGUCGGCGGCGAGCCGGGUGCCACCCCCCGUCUUGGGAGGGCUGGCGAGCCAGGAGACGGUCGAGACGGGCGUGUGGAUGCUGAGCGUGCUGUUUUGCAGCUGCGUGUGCUUUGGAAACAUUGGACGACGUUUAGCGUGGAGUAGAAAAGCAGGGGCCAGGGGUCGUUGGGGAGGCGUGCGCUAA